AUGCAUAAUGUAGAGCUAGAAAAAGUAAAAAGCUGUAAUGAAAAAAAGGAGGAAGUGCUAUCGAUUUCUAGGUAUUUAUUAAAAGAAUAUGGCGAUGGUAAAGCGAAUAAGAAAGAUGUCAUAAGAAAUUUGAGAAAAAGAAUAUAUAAUCACGAAAGCUUUGAAGAUAUUUAUAAAAAAUUAAAGGAAAUUCAUGGAAAUAGUGGAAUUUGCACACGACAAUGGAAAGAAGGUAGUUUUGCUUUUAAAUGCUAUAAUUGUGAAGGAGAUCCUACAUGUGCUAUAUGUGCAAAAUGCUUUUUUGCAUCAAAUCAUAAAAAUCAUAUAUACAGAUUAACACAUACCAGUGGAGGUUGUUGUGACUGUGGGGAUACCUCAUGGAAUAUUAAAGGAUCUUGUUUUGAUCAUAGAGGAAUAAAUGAAGAAAAUUUAAUUGAUAAGUGUAUAUUAAAUAGUGUUGUAAAAAAUAGGAUUAAAGAAGAUUUAGAAAAUUUAGUAGGUACCUUAUUUAAGGAAAUUAUUUUAAAAGACGGUUAUUUUUUAUCUCUUGUAAAUGCUGACUAUAUUGAAUAUGCCUUUGAGUUUUUUAAAGAUUUAGGUAUUACUAGUUAUUUAUUUAGACAAAUUAUAUGUGAAGUAUUUACAGGAGCAAAAAUAGAUUUUUUAAUAAAUUUUCAUUAUUGCUUUUAUGGGGGAAUUCAAAAAUCUUUAUACUCAUUAUAUUUAUCUUUAUUUGUUCAUCCAUAUUUUAAACAAAGGUUUGCUUUCAAGUUGGCUAAGCAUUAUAGCUUGGUUGUACGAGUAGUUGAUGAUAGAAUGUAUAAUGAUAAUAAUUUAAAUGGCUUAAGUGUUCAAGUUUUAACUGUCCCAGAAAUAGCAUAUACUCUAGUUAUAAAUAACUUUUUAAAUGAUUUAAUAAAACUUAUUGAAAAUUUUUGUGUAUAUAAUGAUUUAACAAAAUGUGUUAUGCAUAAAAAUUUUUUACGAUCUGAUAUUGAGAUUAUUAUUCGCAUCUGUGUCGAUUUAAAAUAUUUAUUAUAUCACAAUGAAGUAAUUAAAAUUAUAUUAUUUAAUAAAUAUCUAAUAAGAAAGAUUCUGAAUUUGCUAACACUCUUGCACAGAAUGAAUUCACAAGUACGUUACACUAAAACACAUAUAAUUUAUGAAGAUUUAUCUAGCUCCUAUUCUAUAACUAUUGAAAAUUAUUUACUUCGUGUAUUUGAACCAUUAUCAAACUUUUGUAAAAGAGAACAUAAUGCAAAUUUUAGAAACUUAUUUUUAUUAUAUCAACUUACGAUAGAAAGCAUAUGUUCACUUAAUUUAUUUCCUUAUAAUGAUGAUUCAGGAGAGCAGUAUACAAAUAAAAAAAAAAAAAGUAAAAAAUAUUUAAAUAAAAUUAAAAAAGAAAAGGCAAACAUAUCAAUAAAUAAAGAUGAUAAAAUGAAUGAUAAUGAUAAUAGUGUUAUAGAUAAGAAUAUGACAAAUAAUGAUAUAAGCAAAAAGGGAGAAGAAAAAGAUAAUGGUGAUAAAAAUAAUAAUAAUAAUAAAAAUGAUGAAAGUAACAAAUUUAAAGAAGAAAAGAAAAGAAAGAAAUUUAAGCAUUUAAGAUCCUUACAUUCCCCAUUAGUACGAUUUUUUAUUAUGAUCCUAAACUUUGAUAUUGUCAAGCGUUGUAUUGAUGAUUUAUAUUGGUAUAAAUAUAUAUAUUUAAAGAAAGCUAAAGAAAAUUAUAAUAAAUUAAAAUGUAGCAACAAUAAUAAUGAUUACAACGUAAACACUAGCAAGUGUACUAAUGAUAGUUGCAGAAACAAUAACACUCAUUUCAGUGAAGAUUCAAGUAAUUCAUUAUUUAUAAUAAAAGAAUACAUAAAAGAUUUUUAUUCUCUAGAAAAAUACAAAAUGGAAACAAUAAAUAAAAGAAAAAUAUUACAGCAGAGAUAUGAGGAAGAUGGAAACAAAAUAAAAAUAAAAUUAUUCAACUACAAACCAUUUUUAAAUUAUUGUGACGAUAAAGAAAAUACAAGAAUAUCCAAUUAUCUAAAAGAACAUAAAAAUCUUGAAGAAUGUUAUUUCAAAUGGAUUAUUAAUUCUAAUAAUUCAAAAGAAAAAGAAAAGGAAAGCAAUAAGAUUAUUUUUAGAAGAAGUAUACAAGAAAAGAAAGUAAAAGCAAAAUGCAAGAAUAUCUUUAUAGAAAAAAAGGUAAAUAAUAAAAAUAUAGAAUUCAAUGAAUUCUUAGAAAUAAAAUAUGAUAAGGAAAAGCAUCAUAUAUAUUUAAAUCCAUUAUAUAUAGAUUUAUAUAUGAGAGAUGUUUUAGAAUUUUUAAAUUUAUUUAAAUAUAAAUUAUUAAAAUAUAUACUUUUUAUAAAUGUUAAUAUUUUAACUUUUAUAUAUGAAAUUAAAUAUGGAUAUUGGGUAAGAAAUGGACCUCAGAUGAUAUUUCAAGUAAAUGAAUAUGAAAAUUAUUUAUUUUUUCAAAAUGAUUUAAUAGGAAUUCAGUUUUCUAUGAUAAUGAUGAACAUAUUACCAUUAUAUGAGAAUCAAAGAAUAAAAAUAGAUGAUGAUAUUUUAAAACAAUUUAAAAAAAUAUAUAAUGAAAAUUUAAAUAUAGAUCGUGUAGAAGACUUAGAACAAUCUAAUGAUCAAUUAAAUUUAAAUAAUAAUGAGAUGGAUUCUAAUGAAAAGGAAAUAGACUCAGUAAAUAAUAAUACAGAAUAUAUUAUAAGUAAAAACCAAGAUACAAGUUCAAAGAAUGAAGUAAAUACGAAUGCAGAAGAAGCAUGUUACAUAAAUAAAAUAGAAUAUAUAGAAAAUCAUAAUGAAUUAAUGGAAAAUUAUAGAAAAAUGAAUGAAGACAUAAUAAUAUAUGAUAAGAAGAAAGUUUACAGUAAUGAUGAGGAUGAUGAUUGUCUUCAACUAUUUUUUGGAAAUAGUAGCACUAAUAUAGUAAAUGAUGACAAGUUAAAUAAUUUUUUAUCAACAAAAAAUAAGAAAAAAUUUGAUUUUAUAUCAUUUUACAAUUUUUUAAGUAGUUAUAAUGAAUCAGAAAAGGAACCGAAGUUAAAGGGAGAGACUAAAUGUAAUAGUAGUAUAUCUGCAGAUGAUAAAAAUGUCAAUAAUGAUAUCAUUAAUAAUAAAUUGAAUAUUUAUAAUAAUAAUAGAAUAGAAGAAGAAAAUAAUAAUUAUAAUAAUGAAAAUACAGUUAACAUUAAUAACGAUGAUAAUAAUAAGGUGAAUAAUAACAAUAUUAUGAAUAAUAUUAAUAAUAACGAUAAGAACAAUAAUAAUAUAUAUAAUAUUAAUAACUAUGAUAACAAGAAUAAUAAUAUAAAUAGUAUUUACAACGAUAAUACUAAUAAUGAAAAUGAUUAUAAUAAUAAUAAUAAUGAUAAUAGUGUUAAGAAUAUGAAAAAUGAAAACAGUGAUACAUUUAAUUCUUCAAGUUAUAAAAAAUUAGAAUGGAAUGAUUACUUAAAAUUAUUUAUUGAUUUAGAAAUAAAAAAUCCUUUUGUAAUUUUAUAUCAGUUAAUAUUUAAAAAUUUUCGAAUGAAUUUAAAUUUAAGAAAAUUAAGUGACGUUUAUUUGGAAAUACAAAUACAUCAUAUAAAAAUGGUAUAUAAAAUAUUUAAUGAUAUAUAUUCUGAUAAAUUGAAUAUAGAUUCAAGAAAAAUAAAUCAUGUAUUUUAUUUUCAAUUUUUUUAUGACUUAAUUAUUAGAAUAUUUAACGAGUUAUAUUAUUUUGAAUCAAGUAAUAUUCCAAGAAAAACGUCAUUUACAAAAUAUAAAGAAAGAGGUAAAUAUCAUGUGAAAAAAAUAAUGAUUCAAUUAUUGGCAUCAAAAGAUUUUCAAUAUUUUCAAUUAGAGGAUGUUUUUCCUAAACAAUUCAGGCAUCAUCCAAGUUUUUAUGAACUCGUUAAUAAAUAUGGAUAUACAACGCAUAUGCCUAGAAGCAAUGUAAAUUUAAUUAAAUUAAAUAAAAGUUCUUGGUUUUUAUAUGAUGCUUUUUGGCCUAUUUCUCCAUAUAAAGAUUUUCAAUCUGCUAAUGAGAAAUGUAUAAAAGAAGAAAAUUCCUCUUAUAUUGGUUGUUCAAGAGAAGAUGACAAGGAAUACAUGAGUUUUUCAUUCAGAAAAAUUCAGAACCUACUAUUUUACACUUUUAAAAAUAGUUGUUUAGUUUCUAUAUUGUUAACUGUUUUUAUAAUUAACGAAGAAUUUCAAAAAAAAAUUGAACUUAAAAACAAGAAUGAAAUUAAAACUUAUAAAAACGAAGAAGAUAUUACUAGUGAUCAAAAGAGUAACAACAUGGUAAUAUCACAAAAUAAUGAUACUAAUAAUUCUCAUAUUAAUUCUUCUCACAAUUUAUCUAAUCAAAGUGCUUUUUCAGAUACUUCUGUUUUAAAUGAUUUCGACUUAUAUAAUUUAAUAAAUCAAAGUAGUAAUAAUAAUAACGAUGAUAAUAAUAGCCAACUAAAUGCUAAUAACGAUAGUAACAGUAAUAAUCAACUAGAUCCUAACAAUGAUCAUUUAAAUAAUAAUCAAAAUUCAAUAAAUAGUAAUAGCAUUAUAAAUCCUACUAAUACAAACAAUGAAAAUGCUCUAAGUAACAACAGUGGUGCUAUAAGCAGUAAUAACACAUAUAUCAUUGUUGAUCAAAAUGGAGACAACGAAACAUUAUUUGCUGAAAUUUUAAUAAACAGAAAUCCUAAUAAUUCUAUAAAUAUGGAAAUAGUAAAUGUUACAGAUAAUCAUAUAGAUGAUGACAAUACACAUAGAAAUUAUAGGCAUUUAAAUGCUGAUGGAUUGUCUGAAUUGAUUAGAAGUCUGAUAAAUGAAAAUAAUAUUAUUAAUAAUGUAAUUGAUGAAUCAUUCUUGAAUAAUAAUUCUAAUACUUCAAAUAACGAUGCUUUAAGAAAUGUAGAAGCAAGAAAUGCUAAUAAUAACAUUUCUUUUGAUGAAUAUUCAUCAAGUGAUGAACUUAAUAUAAUAGAAUCAGAAAAUUCAAAUACUGUAAGAAUAAAUUUAUUUGGUAGAAGAAAUGGGUUAUACGAUUUAAAUAUAAUUUCAGAUACUAAUGAAAUGACUGCCAAUCCAAAUAAUUCUAAUCUAAAUAAUACAAUAGAUAUUUUAAUAAAAAUAAUAAAAAUUCUAAGUAUUGUUAUAGGUUCUACACACCCAUUUAAAGAAUUGAAAGGGUUUUAUUAUUCUAAUUGUAAAGAUUAUUACGAUGAAGAUGAUGAAUUGGAUUCAUGUAUGGACUAUGAUUCUUAUUCAAAUUCAACAGAGUAUGAAGAAGAAAAAGAAAAAUAUAACAAAGAUACAAAUGAAACAAGGAAUAAUAAUAUAAACAUCCCUCGUGAAGAAAUGCACAAUAAAAAAAAAGACAAUGUAGAAAUAGAAAACGAAAAAGAAGAAUUAAAAAUAAAUAACAUAAAUAAUAAAUAUUAUUCUAAUUUAUCUAAAUUAAAUAGUGAUAACUAUGUGAAUAAUAAUAGCAGUGGUUUAAAUGAUAAUAAAUUGUACGAUAAACUAAAAACAUCAAAAGGAAAUUCCAACUUUAAUGAAGAAGGUAAUUUUAUAUUUGAUAAUAUAAGUUUGAUAAAAAAAAUAAAAUCUAGAAAAAAAAUUAAUGAUAGUGAUUCAAUAAAUAAAAAAGAUCAAGGCCUAAUAAAGGAAAAAGAUAAUAGAAAUAUUAAUAAGAAAAAAAAAGGUUUUUAUGUAUUAAAUAAAAUAUCAGUUCAUAAUUUUAUAAGUUGCAUUAACAACAUAAAUGCAAACGAAGAUAAAUGUUUUAUAAAAGUAAGGAAUACAAUAAUAAGUAGAUUAAAAAAGAUUUUUUCUGAAAAUUUUGAUUGCAAAAAUAUAAAUAAUAACAAUGAAUUUAUAGAAAUAGCAAAAAAAAAACAACAUGAUUUAUUACAAAAUAUGAAAGAGCAACAAAUUAAAUUUAGUAAAUUUUUGGAUGAGGAAUUAUUAUUAGAUGAUGAAAAUGAAGUGUUAAAUGAAGAAGAGGAGAAGAAAGAUGCUAUUAGUGAAUAUGAAAAAUUAAAAGAAAAAAAUUGUAUAUGUGUUUUAUGUAAAGAAGGAAUGUCGAAAAAUAAUUUAUUAGCCUACAUAUGUUUUGCUUCACACACUAAUCUUCUAAAAAAAAUAAUUAAAAAAAAUAAAAUUUCUUUUCCGUGCAAGCACCCUUCUAUAUAUACAUGUGGUCAUUUUAUACACACAAAUUGUUUACAUAAUACAAAAAUAUUAAAAUAUAGAAAAUUGUUUAGCGUAAAAAAUGAGCCAACGUUGUACGAAUUUACGUGCCCUUUAUGUCGUUGUAUAGCUAAUUGUUUCAUUGUUUAUAUUCCUAAAAGAUAUAUAUCAGAAAAUGACAAUUAUAGAAUCUAUGAAUGUAAUGAAGAAGAAUUCAUAAUAGAUAAUUCUAAUAAGGAUUUAUCUGAACUGAUGAAGAAUUGUGAAUACUUAGAAAUAGAUAAAAAAAGAAAAAAAAAGAAGAAAAAUAAUUCUAAUACAUUAAAAAAUUUGGAAGAAUGCGAAGACAUAAGUAGUAAGGAAUUAUGUAUCGAUCAUAGAACAGAUAUCAAAUAUCAUAAUAAUAAUAAUAAUGAAAUAAAUGCCUUUUUUGAUAACAAUUCUUCAAGAAAUCAUGAUUUUGAAAAUAAAAAUGUCUUCACAACAAAUGAUAAUUAUUUUGUUAAUGAUUUAAGUCAUAAUAAAAUUAUAAAUAAGGAUAGCAAAUCAAAUUUUGAAAAUGAUAAUAAUUUAACAAAUAAUUUUACCAAUUCUUCCUAUAAAAAAGAAGUGAAAGGGAAAAAAAAAAGUAAUUUUAAUGAAAAUGAUUCUUUCGACAAUACAAGCGAUUUUCUUUAUAACAAUGAGGAUAAAAGUGAUUAUUCUCAAUUUACUUCUUCCAUUUCUUGUUUAUCUUCUUCUUCUUCUAAUUGUUCUGUUGAUAGUGAUAUACCACAACCAUUUUAUUUUAAGUAUAAUCAUAAAAAAAAAAAAAUAAAUAAACAAAAAAAAUUAUUCCCAAGUAAUAAUAAUGACCUUAUUAUAAAUAAUAUGAAUAAUUACAAAAUAUAUAAUUUUUUUGAUGAAAAUAAAAAAAAUGACGAUAUUUUUAAUUUGAACUUCCAUAACGUGAUAAAUAAAUCAUUAUUAAAAAAUUUAUUGUCUUAUAAUAACUAUGAACACAAUAAAAAAAUUAUAUUACGAGAAAUAUAUUUAAAUGAAAAUAAUAUUUAUGAUAAGCUAUACAAUAAAAAGGAAAAACAGUUAGAAGAAUCUUUAUAUAAUUUAAAUUGUGAAGAAACAGAAAAGGAGAAAGAAAAUGUUAAUAUAGCUGAUGAAAAAGAAGAAUUAUCUAAUUUAAUCGAAGAAAAAAAAAAAAAAGGAAGUGAACUUUACUUGUACAAAAAUACUUUUAAUUAUUUAAAUAAAGAUUUUACUUUUACAUAUAGAAAUUCAAAUUUCUUUUAUCGUUAUAAAAAUGGAUUUUUAUCCUAUUAUGUAAGUGUACCCUUAAAAUAUAUUAAGGAAAUAGAAUUUUUUAUGAUACAAAAUAAAACGUAUAGUUAUAUGGGAAAAAAUAAACAUAAGAAGUUUUAUUUCUCUUCGAUAGUGGAUAAGGAUAUUUUAGAAAAAAAUUCCAACGAAUCAAAUUCAAAUGGAGAUAAUAACAUAAUAUUAAACUAUGAAAUUGAUAAAAUUCUUUUAGAUUAUAUUAAAAAUAAUUUCAAUCAUGAAGAAAUUAAUGCAGAAAAUGUAAUUGAAAAAUAUAAAAUAUCAAAUAAAAACAAAAGAUUAACAAACAGUAAUAAUAGUGAAAUGAAUAGCAAAAAUGAAAAUGAUUUAAUUGAAUUUCUUGAACAAAAAGAUAAAAAAAUGAAAAUAGAUUUUGAAACAGGUAUACAGGAAAAUAAUAAGCCCAAAGAAUUUCUUUUAAAAUCCUCAGAACAUUACUCAAAUAAUAAAUCAGGAAGUGAUGCAAAUGAUUUCGACAGUGUAUAUAGCAAUUUAAGUAAAAAUGGUGAAGUGAAGGAUGAUUUAAAUAAUUCUUGUGAUUGUGAUAAUAAGAAGAAAAAAGAAAAGAACAAUGAUAAUGGUAACGAUAAUUUGGAUAAAAGUAAUAAUUGUGACAACUAUUCCUAUAUUGAUAAUACAAACAACGAUAAUAAUAAAAAUGUAGAUUCUUUUAGUAAAUUUUACAAUAGUUCUGAUGAAAUUAAUAAUUUCUUAGAUGAAUUAAAUUCUAUUAGUUUAAAAGAAAAGAAGAAACUAAAAUAUAGGAAAGAAAAAAAAAGUGAUAUUAGUAGUAAUAGAAUUAAAUUUCAAUAUCCCUACAAUAAGGAUAAUUUAAAAGACCAUAAUAUAUCAAUGAAAACAUGGUUUUCUAUUGAUAUAUAUGAAGGAAUUAUAAGUACUAAUAAGAAUAUAUAUGAUAUAUAUAUUAAAACCGUUCAUAAAAAAAAUUUUGAUUCUAUUUUUGAUAUGAAAGCAUUAAGACAAUCGAUUAUACUUUUAGGUGGUAUAACUGAAAUAUCAUGGAGAAUAUUUCAUCAAGAUCAUACAACUUUUUCUACUAUAUUGCAUCAUUCUGAAAGCUAUAAAAAAUUAAUAGAUUUUGAUUAUUCUACGAAAGUAGAAGAUAAUGAUGAAGAUGUAGAUAUAAAAGGUAUAGGUGUAAAUGAUGUUUUAAAAAUUUACAGAAAAUUAGAAAUAUAUCCUGACUUCCUAUUUAAUAAUAGUAAUUUAGGUUUCAUUAAUAAAAAGGAUUUAAGUUUUAUUAAUAAGAAAGAUUUAAUUUUGAUGAAUAAAAAAGAUUAUGGAAAAAACAAAAAGGAAAAAAACAACAAAAACUCUUACUUUACAUCCAGUGAAACAAACAAUGAAUUUUUAUUAAAAAAAAAAAGAAAUAAUAAAAGUGAUGUUCUAAAUAUAAAAUAUUGGAGAAACAUAAAUACAGCGGUAGAUAUGCAUAAAAUAUAUUGGAUAUUAUACAAUGAAAUAUUAAUUAAUAUAUUUUAUAAAAAUAUAAAUUAUAUUUCAUGUAAUAAUAUGAUAGAAACAUUAGUUCGAAAUCUCUUUUUAUAUAAACAUGAAUUGAAUAUUAUUAAAGAAGAAAAAAUAUCAAAUUUAUUUAAUUUGCAAUUAUGGAAAAAUAUGUACAAAAUUGCAUUUUAUUAUGUAUACCCCUAUAGAUUUACAUUUAAUAAAUAUAAGAAAUUUUUUGAUAAAAUAAAAAAGAUUCAUUUUUUAAAUAAAUUGGCUUUUAUACCAUUAUCUGUCGAUGUCUUAAAGUUAUUUAUGAAUUUUUUUUUGAAUCAGUUAUUAUGUACUCCAGGUUCUAUCCAGCAUUUUAUUUCUAUUUCUUUAAUAAUUAUAAGUUUUCAAAUUAUGAAUGAAAUAUUUAUAAAAGAAAUUUCCAAAUCAUAUGUCCGAUUCAUUUUUUCCGAGAAUUUACAUGAUCAAAUAAAGAAUUUUGAUAAUAUUUUUAAAUAUAUAUAUAUAAAUAUUGAAAAUUCUAAUUACUCAAUAAAUUUAAAAGAAGAUAUAAAAGAUUCUGAUCAAAACAUCCCAGAAGAAAAAAUGCAACACUUUCUUUCAAAUUAUAUUAACAAUUGUGAUAAGAAAUAUUUAACGUUUCAUGAAAUUUUUCAUAUAUUUAUUUUUGAAAAUUUUGUACAAGAAAAGAAUAAUGGAAUAUUUAAAAAACAAGAAGAUAAACAAAUUAAAAUUAAUGACAUAUCACUAUUAGAAGAAAAUGUAGUAAAAAAUAAUUUUUUUGAAAAUACAGAAAAAAUAUCGAAAGAUGUUCUUAAUAAUGAAGUAGGAGAAAAAAUAAAUGAUCAAUACAGUAAUUCGAAAAAAUCAUUUAAUGAUUGUAAUGUAAUAAAUAAAAUGGAUCCUUUUUCUUUAUUUAAAAAAAUUCAGAAUUUAUCUUACUAUUUCAGUGAUUCUGAAAUAUAUGAUUUACAAAAUAUUAUUUCUGAAAAUAAGUUUCUUUCUUGUCAUGAGAAUAAUACAUCAAAUAUCAUAAAUAGUAGUACAAAUAUAAAAUCUUAUGAAAAAAUACGAACUAAAAACCAACACACAAAUGAAAAUAUAAAAAUGUACGAUGAAAUAUUAGAAGAAGAAGAAGAAGAAGAAGAAGGAAUGUAUACUAAAAAAAAAAAAUUAUUUGUUUUAUAUGAAACCAUGAACAAAUUGAUAGAAUUAAAAAAAUUUAAAAUAGAUACUCAAAAAAUGAUGCUUUUAAUGUGCGAAGUAAAUGAUGAAUAUAUGAAAUAUGUAUAUUAUAAUGGUUAUUUGCCAAUUAAUAUAUAUCUAAGCACGAAUUUUUUAAAAUAUGAAAAUUAUUUUAAAAAUUAUUAUUCAUUUUUAUAUAACAAAAAAAAAAAUAGUAAAUGGGGAAGUUUUCAUGUUUUAUAUUCAGAGAAGGUAUUAAAUAGCAUGAAAAAGGGAAGUAAUCACUUUAUUAAAAAUAAAAAUGUGAUGAAAAGAGAUUAUAAUUUUAUUAUUAAUAAUAGUACAUAUGUAAAUUCUACGUCAGAAAAAAAAAAUGAGCGUGAAGAUUCUUUUUCUUCAAAUUUCUUAGAUUUUAAAAAAGAAUUUCAUCAAAAACAAAAUGGGAAAUAUGACAAUAUGGAAUACUCUUCCAAUGAUCCAAUUAUUUCUGAAGAAAAAUAUCAAUCAAAAUUUUAUAAUAGUGAUUGUUAUAAAAACGAAAUGAAUAAAGACGAGGAAAUAUUGAAAUUUGUCAAUAAAUGUGAUGAAAAAGAUAAUAAUGUAAAUAGAGAUGGCAAGCUGAAUAAUUUUAGAGGAAAAGAAAAAGAAAAAAAGUAUAAGAUAAACGAAAAAGAAGAAAAGGUAAUAGUGACAGGAAAACAAGAAAAUAUGCCAAAAAAUGGGAAAGUAUCUAAUGAAUUAAACCUAUUUAAAUAUAAAUUAUAUAAUAUAUCUCAUGAAGAAAUUAGCGAUUUUUAUUUAAUGAAUGAUACUCAUGACACCUUUUUAUCUAUAUUACAUGAUGAAAAUUUAGAAUACAAAAAUACAAAUAUGCUUAAUUUGCUAAAGUGCAAGUAUGAAAAUAUUCCUUUUACAAAUCACUUGUUUUAUGCGUAUAAUUUUUAUUCUAUUUUAUUUAAAUUAAAGGAAAUAAAACAAAUUCAUGAUAAAAAAGAAAAAAAUUUAGAUUUAUGUACUGAUGAUUUUCUAUUAUCCUCAGUAGAUCAUAAAAUCUACGAAAAAGUAGAAAAUGUUAAUUUUUCUGAUAUUAGUUUUAAUAGUAAUGAGUCAAUACAAGUUUCGGAAAAAGAAAAUGAAAAUCAUAACAAUGAUGAAAAUGAAAAUUUUGAUGAAAGUAUGACUUCUUCUUUAGGUAUUUUAAAUGAAAUUUUAGAUGUAGGAGAAUUAAUUAAAGAUAUGAAAAAAACUAAGAAAUGGAACAAAAAAAGUAAGAGAAAUAAAUAUGCAGAUAAAUUCUUUAUAAACAUAUUUAAUAGAAUGUUAGAAAAAACAAAAUGUAAAACUUCUGAAGAUAAACCAGAAAUAUAUAGUAACAGUAAUAAUGUUAAUAAUCAAGAUUUAGAUUCUGAUAAAAAAAAAGAUCAAGAAGAAAAAAAAAAAAAAAAACUUUCUUCUAACUUGUUUGUAGAUCCCCAUGAUUUAAAACAAAUAGAUAUUUCAGAUCAUCUUGACAAAAAUGAUAAUAUAAAUAAAGCGAAAGUAAGAAACAUAGAAGAUAAGAAUAAUUUAGAGUUAAAAAAUAAUGACAAUAGUAAUGAAUGUGAAUAUGAUAUAUAUACAUCUUCGGAAAAUACUCAUGAAUUUUCUAAUUUCUUAUCAUAUUAUGAUGAGAAUAAUUCCACUAGUGAUGUGGAUAAAUCAAGAACAAAAAAAAAAAAUAAUUUAGAUAAUAUUUUUAUAAAAAACUCAUUUAGUAGUUCUGAUGAUCUUUUAUCUAAUAAAUCUAGUAAAAAUAUGAAAGAAAAGUACAAAACGAGUAAUUUCAGCUUUUUAAAAUUUAAAGAUGCUAAUAAGAUUCAACGUUACCACAUGUUAUUAAGAAAAAAAGGAUUAAGUAGGCUUUUUUUUUAUAACAUAAGAAAAUUAUAUAAUUAUGUAUAUAAUAUGCAUGAUUUUAUUCCUCUUUACCUUAUACAAAAUAUAUUAUUACAUUUUCAAAGAAGUUAUAAAAACGUGAAUGAUUUUUAUUAUUACGAUGAAAAUGAUAAUUUUUCUAAAAGUUCAAAUGAGGAAAGUGAAUUUGAGUAUACAAAAUAUUCAAAGGAUUUUUUUAAUACUGAAAAAUGGAAAAAAUUAUAUGAUAAAUAUAAGGAUAGAAUAAAUAACGAAUCAACGUACGAUGGAAAAAAUAAAUCAAAUUUAAAUGUAUCUAAUAAAAAGGAUUUGGAUUGUGAGACAAACAGUUAUAAUAAUGAUUAUAUUAAUCUUAGUGACUAUUGCAAUACUUGGUAUUCUUUUGAUAAUGAAAAAAAUAGAGUAUAUAUUGAUCCAAGUAAAGAAAAACAAAAAAAUAAUUCUACAUCAAACAGUUAUUUAAAUUAUAAUGAUAAUAAAAUGAAUUAUGAAAAUUUAAAAAGUAUAAAUAAGGAAAAUGAGGAAGAUGGAUUAAAAAAUGAAAGCAAUACAAAUAAAAAUAACAUAUAUGGAUAUAAUCAAAAUACAAAGAAAGAUAAUUUGUAUAAAGAUUAUUUCUAUAUAGAAGAAAAAGACAAUAGUAAAUGUUGUUAUUCAGUUAAUAAAAAAAUAAAAACAAAGCACAAUAAUUAUAAUUCAGAUUCAUUUAUGAGUUGUGUUAGUACAAAUGAUGAUAAUAAAAUGAACAAAAAUAUGAAUUAUAAUAAAAUACCAAAAAAAGAAAAGAAGAGAGAAGGGAAAUAUAAUAAUAUAAAAAAAGAAAGAAGAAAUAUAAAUAUUAAAGAUUUUGAAAAAAGGAAAAAAGACAUAUUAAAUAUUAAGAAAGUAUUUUUUAUAUUUUAUAAAUAUCUAAAAAAUAAUAAUUUUAUUGAUAAAAAGAAUUCUUGUAAAAAGUUGUAUAAGAAAUUUUUAAAAAAAUAUUUGAAAUCAGCUAAUGUUUAUUUACAAUUUGUUACUUAUAUAAUCUUUUCUGUAUAUGAAUAUAACUCUUUAGCAAAAAAAUAUUUAGACUACAUUCAUCUUUAUAGUGAUAUAAAUAAAUACAAUAUAUUUUUACAUAUAUUAAAUAUUGAUGACCAAUUUGAUAAAAUAUAUGUUUAUCAAACAAUGCAAUUAAUAUUCCAUCCUUAUUUUUAUUUGAUGUAUCAGUUAUAUAAAUAUUUAAAAAUAGAUGCCUCUCCAGUAUCACUACAUGAUUUUUAUGAAAAUUUAGAACAAUUUAUUUCAUCCAAUUCUUUAUUUCAACCCAGCCAAAAUUAUUUUACGUUAAUAAAAAAACAUUUUAAAAGAAAGUGUGUAAGCUGUAAUAAAUCACCAAAAAAAAUACUCAUAUGCUUAUACUGUGGAUCAACUAUAUGCUUACACGAAAGUGAUGAUUCAGUAGGUCCAUUAUCACAAACGAUUAGUAAAUGUGUUUAUCAUACUACAAUAUGUGGUGGAGAUCAGUGCUUAUACUUAUGUUUAAACACAUCAUCAGUAUUAUUUACGAGUGAAAACAGAUUUGAUUUUAUGAGUGGCCCAUAUGUUGAUAAGAAUGGUGAUGUUGAUCAUCAUUUAAAAAGAGGAAGAAAUCUUUAUUUAUCUCAACAUAAAUUAAAUAAAAUAUUUGAUGUUAUUAUUAAUUCUGCAGUUGAUGUUGAAAUAUAUAAGCAAACUUUGAAGUCUGAAUGA